AUGACCACUGAGAUAUUCACGCCCGGUGCGGUCUACACUCUCUUCAAUGGGCACUUUGGUACUGUUAUGGAGUUCUAUCCUUCCAAUGGUCUCGUCCAGGCUGGAACCUUCGCCAAUAAGUCGUGUCAACAGUGGGAAUUUAUACCUGUCAAAGAUGGCUUCAUCAUACGCUGCUCACGCAGGGGCGACGACGGGAGCAGAGUAUAUCUAAGCUUCGAAGGGGACUUAUGGGGCGGCCAGGCGUUGCGAGCGGGCUCUAUUCCAAUGGUCUGGCACGUCGCUCAGGACGGGGACUCGGACAUGGUUCGCCUCUAUUUCUCGAGCAAGUUCUGUGUCGAUCUUGACACCAGCGGAAAAAGCAGGGUACCUAUCAUCGCAACGUGGUCUAACGAGCAUGUCUCUGACUGUAUCUGGUUGAUUUCUCUGUGGCCUUUCAGAUCGGACCUCAAGAGCGAGCUUUGGUACCCGAGCCGCUGUGACUUGAACUCCUUCUUACAAGAACCCGUCGUCAAGGCUCAUGAGGAAUCACCGCACGAGCAAACGACAAACGAUGCUCCACCCGACAUUGGGCCACGAGGGGUCCCUGGACCCGGGGCGCUGGUGCUGGUGAAUGUCCAGUCGGACAGCGUUCUCGCCCUCGCAAGCGAGUCCAGCGUCGGCAAGCCGGUUGAGUGCAAGUGUUACUCCCGGGCCACCACACACAAGGAGCGCUCAGAGCAACUGUGGACGUUCAUACCUAGCGGAGCCGGAUUUAUUGUGCAGUCUGGGGCGCUGACGGCGGACGGGCAGCCGCUGUAUCUCACAAUCGAGGGCACUACAGUGGCGGGUGCUGCUUUAGUCGCAAAGCCGUACCCGGUCUCGUGGGAGGUUCGGUGCUACGAACUGGAUAAAACCAAGACUAUAAGCUAUCGGGUGUACUGGCCGGGCACCGAUCUGGUCCUGUCUCCGGCAACAGAAGGCAAGAGGGUGGACGGAACAGUGGUCCGGCUGGAGCGGUGUCGUAUCGAUGGCGUGCACGAGCUCUGGCAGGCUGCUCUUCCAUGA